AUGGAUAAACUCUUGGAAGAUUUGGCAACCGAGAUUAUCAAAUAUCCAUCGUCAAAAGGAAAUCCAUUCACUUGGCCAGCCCCCGCCGGAAUGCAAGGAGAUUGCAUGGCAUUUAGGGCGCGCAUCACAUACGAUUUUUGGAGGUUUUUUAUGCAAGAGGGACGGAAGCUUCUAGAUGAAUAUAACAAGCAAAAUGGCACUGAAAUAAAGGCGCGCAUCACAUACGAUUUUUGGAAGUUUUUCAUGCAAGAGGAACGGAAGCUUCUAGAUGAAUAUAACAAACAAAAUGGCACUGAAAUAAAGGUGAAUAGGGAGAAAAUCUUGACAUCAAAGGAUCAAGACCGAUUAGGAUUGUAUAUACGCAAAAUGAUAAAGGAAGAAUACAAGAAGAAUAAUAUGAAAGGAGUAGACAUCACUUUAAGGAAAAGUUUGCUUAAAAUAGGUGAAAAUGAGCCCAUGAAGCCAGCGGUGGUGGCUAUCCUGUUGGAUAUGGACCUAAGUAACUGGAAUGGGCUGCCUCUAGAUCAGUUACUUACCGACAAGGAAAAGGAUAGCACCCAUGAAGCCAGCGGUGGUGGCUAUUCUGUUGGCUAUGGACCUAAGUAA